CGUAGCGCCUACUUCCGGCCGUAGGCACUGAGGUUUUCCGGUCCGGGCGCACGGAAUGACACAAAACGCUAACGAAAUCUACAUAGCUUAGCGACCAUAUUCGACACUCUGUUAUCUUUUUGCUCCGGGUUUAAAAUGGGAGCAGACGUAGCUGCCGUUUCUAUUGUAAGUGUUUUCUGGGUCGUCGUCGGUGCUAUCGUGCCAUGGUUCAUACGGAAGGGCUCAAAUCGCAGCCUUAUUCAGGCCAUGAUCGUCACCACAUCGAUAUGUUGCUACCUCUUUUGGCUGUGCACAUACAUGUCCCAAAUGUACCCCUUGGUUGGUCCGUCGCUAAGCAACAGUACUGUGAUCCUCAUGGGAGAAUACUGGGGAGCUGGUAACAAGACUGCAGCAUGACGGCGAACAAGAGUACCGGGUGAAACAAGAUCAAAAUGCAAGGCCAAGUUAUGCAAGUGCUUUGCGCGAUUGUCAAGACCACUAGUGAAUAUGUGGUCUGGGUAUUGACUAUGUCAAUCAUUGUGCUGAGCAGCAGCUCACAUUUUUUCAUCAAUUUGUAGUUUAGAUAGUUCCUAAUGUUUACUGCGAUUACUGUGACCACUUUAGAAUAGUUGCCAACGUCCUUGAAGCCAUCAAGUGCCUUGUUUACCAUAAAUUGUGCAUCUUAUUUGGAGACUUAUUUACCUUGUAUCUUGCAUAUUUGGAGACAUUCCAGAACAUUGUAUUGAUGUGUAUGGAACGUUGCGCUAUAUUUCAUGGAAAACUGCCAAAUAAACAUGCACACUGUUCAAA